GGUUUUCGCAGCUUUUCCCAUUCUUCUUUUAUUAUGUCUACUGGACUUAUUGGCAUCUGUUAUGUUGAUCAUUGGAGUCAAUAAGAGAAACCAUCUGUUGUUGCUGCCUUGGAUGAUCAAUAACGGCAUAUUGUUGACUUUUAAAUUCAUUUUCGUUAUUGUAGUUAUCAAGUUUGCUGUAUGGGACGUUACUAAUGGUCAUGGCUCUGAAGCCUUUUUCACAAUCAUAUUCGUUCUCUCAAUAUUAGUUUUCUUUUGCUUGGUAUGGAAUGCAAUUUACUCACUUUUCCAAAGUAUUCGCAAAGAAAAUGAAGGAGUUACAUUGGAUACAGAAAGCCUUGUUGGAAAUUCUAACCCCUCUGGCUAUGAGCUUUUUAGGAACUCAGAAUAAUUUGUUUUUUUUUUCUCAUCAUAAAUUUCAAUCAUAUUUUAAUUUAAAUUUUGGAUAAACAUUUUUUUAAAUUUGUUUAUGGUUUUUCUUAUAAUAAAAAACUUUUUAUUUUUGAAUCACUUAUAAAUAUAAUGUACCUAUUCGUAAAAGUA